AACAAGAAAAAAAUUUUAAUAAAAGCAAAAACGGAAGCUGGAGAGAGGCUCUUUAGCUAAGAUCCAUCUUGGAGAACACACCGGUUCUAGUCCCAGCACCAACAUAGAGACUUAAAAACGUCUGUAAGUCUCUCCAGCUCCAACGCCCCUUCUGUCCUCAUAUACAGACAUGCAUGGAGUGCACAUACCCAUAAACAAACCACCCCAUAGACAUAAAAUGUUUUAGUUAAAUAAAUCGAACUCGUGGGAACUGCUCUAUAAUCUCAUCAUCCAGUGUGCAGUCAUUGGCCUCAGCAUCCCACUAUGUCGUAUGUCCCAUUUCUAUCACUCUCUGACUCCCUUCUCCCAAGAGUGAGAAAAUGCCCACUACACUUUCUGGGGCCGGGGGGGGGGGGGGGGGGCGUCUUCUCCCGGGAACCAAGAAACUACUAGUUGCAAUGGUGUCUGUCCUAACGGUGCUCCGCUGAUGUGCCUCCAUGUUUGUGGAUGGCCUUCUGCACUGGAGUAUAUACAGCUCCAUAAACGACCAGCCGGGUGUGAGCGAGGUCCCAGGAUCUCAGUAUGGACCGAUGGGUGCGGCUCCGUGUAGGCACAGCAUCCCGGAGCACCGUCUCCUAGUGACCGCCGGGCGCGCUGACUCUGCCGUCCGGGUCCCAGCGACUGCGCAACGCGAGCACCCCCGCGGCCCCUCCCCUGGGCGCGCGCGCGACCUGGGCGCCAUGGCGGCAGCGGUGGCGACCGUGCAGCGGCCUGAGGCUGAGACAGUCGAGGAGGCCUCAAAUCUUCAGUGGCCGCUACCACCGGAGCAUCGCCCUUCCGGGGCAGCGACCAGACCAGGCGAUAGUGAAGACGCCCCGGUGCGGCCACUGUGCAAGCCGCGGGGCAUCUGUUCCCGUGCCUACUUCUUGGUGCUGAUGGUGUUCGUGCACCUGUACUUGGGCAACGUGCUGGCCCUGCUGCUCUUCGUGCACUACAGCAACGGAGACGAGAGCACAGACCCCGGACCCCAGCGCCGCGAGCAGAGCCCCCAGCCAGUGCCAACCUUGGGUCCCCUCACCCGGCUGGAGGGCAUCAAGUGCGGCCUGGCACACCAGCUGCCUGCUGUGUAUUUUUCCUUUAGGUGGGAUAUGAGCGGAAAGUCCAGGUGGUCGCGGGCAGGGAUCACUUCAUCCGAACCCUCAGCCUCAAGCCGCUGCUUUUUGAAAUCCCAGGCUUCCUGAGUGACGAGGAGUGUCGGCUCAUCAUCCACCUGGCACAGAUGAAAGGGUUACAGCGAAGCCAGAUCCUGCCCACUGAGGAGUAUGAGGAGGCGAUGAGCGCCAUGCAGGUCAGCCAGCUGGACCUCUUCCAGCUGUUGGAUCAGAACCACGACGGUCGCCUGCAGCUCCGAGAGGUCCUGGCCCAGACUCGCCUGGGAAAUGGACGGUGGAUGACUCCAGAGAACAUUCAGGAGAUGUACUCUGCAAUCAAAGCAGACCCUGACGGUGAUGGCGUGCUGAGUCUGCAGGAAUUUUCCAACAUGGACCUCCGAGACUUCCACAAGUACAUGAGGAGCCAUAAGGCAGAAUCCAAUGAGCUGGUGAGGAACAGCCACCACACAUGGCUCCACCAGGGAGAGGGAGCACAUCACGUCAUGCGUGCCAUCCGCCAGAGGGUCCUGCGCCUCACUCGCCUCUCCCCGGAGAUUGUGGAGUUCAGUGAGCCACUACAGGUUGUACGAUAUGGUGAGGGAGGUCACUACCAUGCCCAUGUGGACAGCGGACCCGUGUACCCAGAGACCAUCUGCUCCCAUACCAAGCUGGUAGCCAAUGAAUCUGUACCGUUUGAGACCUCCUGUCGCUACAUGACAGUGCUGUUUUAUUUGAACAAUGUCACCGGUGGGGGUGAGACCGUCUUCCCUGUGGCAGACAACAGGACCUAUGAUGAAAUGAGUCUGAUUCAGGAUGAUGUCGAUCUCCGGGACACUCGAAGGCACUGUGACAAGGGCAACCUUCGUGUCAAGCCCCAGCAAGGAACUGCAGUCUUUUGGUACAACUACCUUCCUGAUGGGCAAGGCUGGGUGGGUGAAGUGGACGACUACUCGUUGCAUGGGGGCUGCCUGGUCACCCGCGGCACCAAGUGGAUCGCUAACAACUGGAUCAAUGUGGACCCUAGCCGGGCACGGCAAGCCUUGUUCCAGCAGGAGAUGGCUCGUCUGGCUCGGGAAGGUGGCAUGGACUCACAACCCGAGUGGGCCUUGGACCGAGCCUACAGUGAUGCCCGUGUGGAGCUCUGACGCAAGGCCCUGAUGCGAAUCACCCGCUGCCCAACGUCAAAGACCCUGCAGGUCCUCUGUCCUACUGCAGACUGAAGUUCUGGCCGACCUCUUGCCCUAGCCCUCCCUGCCUGCAGCCGCGAUCAAAGGCGCAGUUCCUACAUUCACGUUAUUUAUUGGUGUACAGCCUCCAUGCUGCUCCGUUAAAUAAAACUACAGGGCUUCCAGCCAGGGGCCGGCGAGCUAAGCGCCCGCUUGGGGGAGGGGAGGCCCACCGCCCCUC